CAUCCUUUUGACGGCUCCAUACAGACACAUCCUUCUCUUUCCUUCCUUCCAACAACACACCUCACACCCCACACCCCACCACCACCACCGCUUUUAAACACAUUCCACACAGCCCUUGCCACCAUGUCGCUGCCUUACACUAUGAUCUUCACCCUGUUGAUGACCGAGAUGAUUGUCUUCAUCCUCCUGAUCAUUCCCUUGCCAAUGAAUUGGAGAAGAGGAGUGCUCAAGUUCCUCGCCGAGUCUCCGUUCAUGGGCCACAUUCAAUAUGUGAUGAAGAUCGUAUUCAUUUUCGUGUUCAUCCUCUUUGUCGACUCUCUCAACCGUGUCAUCAAGGUCGAAGUAAUCACCGAGAACACCCCACCUGUUCAUCAUGCUCAGGGAGCAGAGACCAGCAUUGCCGCCCGUCGAUUCUAUGCUCAGCGCAACAUGUACCUCACUGGAUUCACGCUCUUCCUGUCCCUCAUCCUGAACCGCACUUUCUUCCUGAUCUUGGAUCUUCUCAAGAGUGAAGAAAAGAUGGAAAUUGUUAAGAAGCAGGCAGCACAGCAGAGCAAAGAAUAUGAGCGCGUGCUGGAGUCAGAGACCAAGCUGAAGAAGGAGGUCAAGGAUCUGUCAGAGAUUGUUGCCAGCCACGAAGGUGCCCAGCGUGAUUUUGAGAACUUGAAGAAGCAGGCCAAACAGCAGCAGCAGGAGUAUCUCCGCCUGGCGGACGAGAAUAAUGUCAUGGAGAUGAAGCUGAGGGGUACCACGGCGGAGGUCAAGAAGGACAUUUAAAGGACUCGACUUGACUUGCUUACAACAGUAGUCGCUGGGUGCCCUUUUACCCGUUCAGUCCUUUUUUUUCUGCUUUUUUGUUUUCGUUUCCUAUUUACCAGCGGAUCUUGUAAAUACGUUUUUGUUGACACGAGUAAAGAAUCGGUCCCCGUUUGUCCGCAACAUAACC